AUGCCUCCCAAACAACCCCCAUCACCACCAUCACCACCACCACCCGGUCCCCUCAACCUCCUCUUCCCCCUCCGCAUUCUAGCAUUCAGCGCCUACUACAUCAUCCCCACAAUCAUCUCCCUCCUCCUCCACCUCCAAAUCAGAACCCUCCUCUCCCCAGGAGCAUUCAAAGAAGCCUGGUUCGCCAAAUUCUGGAACUUCUUCGGCCCUCGAUCGCGAGAGCAUGCCGGACCCAAAGUCAUGCCAUUGCUACAAAACAACGCCAGCGGCGUAUGUCUAGACAUUGGUCCCGGAUCCGGUCAAUGGCUCUAUCUCUUCGCUCGCGCCGAGAAUCCCUCCAUUACGAAAAUCUACGGCGUGGAACCCAAUCGAGAUUUACACAAAUAUCUUCGCGAGAAUGCCAUCAAAGCGGGUUUGGGAGAUGUUUAUGAGAUUAUUGGGUGUGGAGCCGAGGAGUUGAAUUCCAAGGGAGGAAUCGAGAUGAGUUCGAUUGAUACUAUUAUUACUGUGCAGUGUCUUUGUUCCAUCCCUACGCCUGAGUUGAUUAUCAAGGAGUUGUAUCCGUUGUUGAAACCUGGAGGCACGUGGUUGGUGUAUGAACAUAUCAAGACUAGAUAUGAGGGGUAUUUUGUCGACUAUUGGCAGCAGGCGCUCAAUCUCAUCUGGCCACAUAUGCUUGGUGGAUGUGACAUCACUCGCCCUACGGAUACGUGGUUGAUCGAGGCGGGAGCGUGGGAGAAAAUCGUGCUGAAACCUGGUGUUGGUGAGGGUCCUUAUGAUACGGUUCCGCAUGUUACUGGAUAUCUUGUCAAGAAGCUUGUUCAGCAGCUGAACUGA